AUGUUUAACAUUUUAAAGGUUUCUUUAAAAGAUUUCGAAACAUUAUUGGAUAUCGAAGUGCCUUAUAUAGAAAAUGCUAUGAAGGAAGUGAGUGAACUUGAAGAAAUAUUGAAAAGCGAACUCGAAAAACAUUUUUCAUCAUCAGUUAAUAUCCGUACAUUUGAAGAUGUUACUGUGCAAAUGGAUGAUGGAAAGCAAUUAAAAUUGAAUCGACUGGCAAAAAUUGUCUUGAAAGCUCCGAUGAUUAUACAAAUGGAUUUUACAAGUAAUCCGGCAUCAAUUAAAGCUGCCAAACUCGCUAUAAUGAAUAAUCUUAAUGUGAAUACGCAACAAGAUGGUAUUUGUUUAUAUGCAACGAUGCCAAAAAUGACGAGAGCACGAAGAGAGGAAUUGGCAAGAACAGCUGAAACUAAACUCUACAAUGAAUAUAGACUAGCGCUAAAUGAGGUUUAUGUCAAGUAUAAUAAAAAAGCAGAAAAAGAACUGACAAAACAAGACGAAUUACGUGUAAUCAAGAGCAGUUUAUUGACCUUAAAGCGUGGUAUGGAAUGUAAAGGAUUGGAUAUGAUAGAAGAAUGCCAGAAAAAAUUAUUAAAAGAAGAGGAUAUAUCAUAG